UUCGAUUUCUGCUAAACUUUUUGGUCUUAAAUUUAUAUUAUAAGUUGUUUCUCUUCGGUUUACAAAAGAAUUGCGUUGCAGAUCCAUCAUUUUUUAUUUACCUCAAGAAUAUUAAUGGCUAUUUCUUCAUUUGGCUCAACACAGUUGCUGAAUUCGCGUUGUUUGCCUUUUAAUUUAGUUGCCGUGUUUAAUUUUAUUCAUCUCUUCGCGUCUUCUUCAAAAAAUUUAAAUCUUUCUAAAAUUCUUAUUAGUCAACCUUGUAGAUUAUUUUGACAUCAAAUUAGGGCUAGAUAAUCGAUUGACACAAGAACCAGCUUCUAUCCAUGGGGAAACGAAAUGCGCAGCGUAAAUAUAUUGCUAUGUUGGAUUCGGAUGACGAUGAUAAUAGUAGUGUUAGUUCGUCGUCAACUAUGAAAUCGGAUCACAUGUCGGUUUCGGGAACUGAAGAGGUUCAAAUUGAUAAAGAUAGUUUACUUGAUCAAGCUCUCGAUUCUCUAUACGAGAAGAGGGGUGCCAUUAGAGAGAAAGCUUUGGCAUCAAUUAUUGAGGCUUUUAAUAGCAAUUUGCAGCAUCAAUUUGUUGAAAAGAAAUUUGCUACUAUAUUACACCAAUGUCUUAAUUGUAUCAAAAAAGGAUCCAGCAAAGAGAUAGCUCUAGCAUCUCAUGCCGUUGGAUUGUUGGCUUUGACAGUUGGCUGUGGGGAUAAUGCGCGAGAAAUAUUGGAAGAGUCCAUUAGUCCUAUUUCUCAAGCUCUUAAAUCUGGGUCUGAAUCUACUAAGACAGUAUCGCUACUGGAGUGUUUGGCUGUCGGCACUUUUGUUGGUGGAAUAGAGCCAGCAGAGACGGAAAGAGCAAUGCAAAUCAUGUGGCAAUUGGUUCGCCCUAAACUGGGCUCUAAUGUGGUUGCUGCCAAAGCUUCGGCUCCUGUAAUAGCUGCAGUUGUAUCUGCUUGGGCAUUUCUUCUGACAACCAUGGAUGGAUGGGCGAUUGAUUCUAAAGAUUGUCAAGAGUCUAUUUCUUAUCUUUCCAGUCUUCUGGAUAAGGAUGAUAGAUCAGUACGCAUUGCAGCUGGUGAAGCAUUAGCUUUAAUUUUUGAAGUGGGAACCUUGGAGAAGUUCGCUGGUGGAGUUACUGGUUUUACUGACGGCUCAGUUCCAGAAGGAAACAAGUCUCGGGAAGGACUGAUGCAUGUACAAGGAUUGAAAUCAAAAAUCCUGAAUCAGGUGAAAACCCUUUCUGCAGAGGCAGGUGGAAAGGGAUCUGCCAAGAAAGAUCUUAAUAGUCAGCGCAACUUAUUUAAGGAUGUCUUGGAGUUUCUGGAGUAUGGUUAUUGCCCUGAAACUUCAAUGAAGAUUGGAGGCGAUUUACUGCACACUUCAACAUGGUCUCAAUUGAUACAGUUGAACUUCUUAAAGCACUUUCUUGGCGGGGGAUUUAUUAGGCACAUGCAGGAUAAUGAACUGCUACAUGAAGUCUUUGGUUUCAUUCCAAAGAGAAAAUUGCUUCAAGGUGCUGAGCAUCAGAUGUCUAGUACUGAAAAGAGGAUGUUCCGUUCCCCAAAUUCAGUAGUUAAUAAAGCCAGGACCCAGUUUCUGAACAAGCAGCGGAUGCUAGCUAAGGAUAGAAAUGUUGGGCAUUUUGCAUUCAAUGGGGGACAUGAAGAAGCCUAACAGAAAAGCCUCAGCUAUAUUUAGAGGUUAUUUCAAUUUCGACCAUGUUUUUUGGGGAUUGGGUCCUUCAUUAAAGGUAUACACAGUUAUUAUUAUUUAUUAGUUGGAUUCAUGAAAUCAUUUAUGAACAGAUUGAGUGUUAUCUUUAUAAGGGGGUGGUUUUGUGCCCUGAUAAAAUGUUGAGGAGCUGAGUGUCCUUCGACUGGGUUUCCCUUCCUGUAGCAUUAGCAUUAUGUCGAACCUUCUUUAAUGAAGAAAUAUUUUUAGGGCUUGAUUGGAAUUAUUAUGAUGUAAAAUUUGUGUUCAUUGAGUUCAUGAUUGCUGUCUUUUAUCA